CUGGUAAGUCCGACGAAUCGUUUUGCCCUGCGGCGGGAGGGUUUCAUCCUUUGAUAAUUAUGUCUGCAGUUCAGUCCAUUAUUACUUGCGUGUCACUCGCUUUGAUCGUGGCUGCUGAUUUUACGUCAGUCGUGGAGAGCGACCUCGUAGACUGCAAUAAAAAAUACAAUGGAAACGUUGAGUUUUCAUCGCCAAGGGUAGGCAGAAUUCUGACCGAUGCAGUUAGAUCCAAUACAAAUGACCAACCUACGAUGUGUGUGUACGACUGCAUCUUGAAACGUAUGGGAAUAUUAACCAAGAAUGGUUUUAGUUUGCCCGAUUUCCUGCACGCUGUUUCUGGAGAGAACGUUGCAAGCUAUGCAAGAUGUAUCGAUGCGCCAAAGGCGAUGCAGUGUCUUGGAGAAGCAAGUGAAGUCCCGAGAGCGGAUGAAGCCGACUCCUCUUGUCUGAGAACUCGCAAGCUACUUUCUUGCGUAGGCCCCUUACUGACGUGCCCGCUGUAGUCAGCGCAAGGAAAUGGAGUUUACGAAGAGAAAUUCAAAUAUGUAACAUAAUUGUACAAUUGCUUGUGAAUAAGUUUUUUUUGUUCUUAAAAAAAAAGAAAGUUAAUAUUCUUUAAAUGAUUUUUUUUAGCUUGAAGCUUUUUUUUUUUUUGGGAAACUAUUGAGAGAAUUGAAAAUGUUUUUAAGUUGACUGUGUAUUGAGUCACGUAAAUAAAAUAUGUACUACCUGAUAUUAAAUAAAAGUUUUGGGAAUA